GUGAGUGUGUGUUUGCGAGUGUGUGUGUUGAACUGAGCGGAGGUGAAGAAGAGGAGGAUGAAGCUGGGAGCGGAGGAUGGGAGGAAGAGUGGAGUAAGAGACAGGCUAGCUGUGUGUGAAUGAGUGAGUGAGUGAGGAAGAGGAGAGGAAGGUCGUCGGAGGGACCGAAAACAAAGACUUCAAUAUUUUGGGGAUAACCUCCGGAACAUUACUAACGAAAACUUUCAACUUUUUACCCGCCACAUCUCGGCUUGUUGUGUCCGGAGCCGGCUUUGUUUCACGGCGGGGGUGUCUACGAUAAAUGAAGGAAUAAAAUAGAUCCCCAUCGACCCUUUUCUUACCCAGGCGGGGAAUACCCUGGGACUGCUUUUGAUAAAGGUUACGAGAGAAUGGCGGCCAACAUGUACCGAGUGGGAGAUUACGUGUACUUUGAGAACUCCUCCAGCAACCCUUACCUGAUCCGUAGAAUAGAAGAGCUCAACAAGACAGCCAAUGGGAACGUGGAGGCGAAGGUGGUGUGUCUGUUCAGGAGGCGGGACAUCUCAGGAAACCUCAACACCCUGGCUGACAGCAAUGCAAGUGAGUACGAAACCACGGAGCCCCUCAGCUCCCCUCAGCUCCCCUCAGCUCCCCUCAGCUCCCCUCUGCUCCCCUCUGCUCCCCUCUGCUCUUCUCUGCUCCCCUCUGCUCCCCUCUGCUCCCCUCAGCUCUUCUCAGCUCCCCUCUGCUCCUCUCUGCUCCUCUCUGCUCCCCUCUGCUCCCCUCAGCUCUUCUCUGCUCCCCUCAGGUACGAUGUGGCUCGCUGCCUUUUAUGA